CUCCUCCCACCCCGCCUAUUCGGCGGCGGAGGCGGCGGCGGCGGCAGCGGUUGUUCCUGCCUCUCCGCCACCUCCACCGCGGCCUAUCCGCCCGGCGGCGUUGGCGGGGAGGGGGACUGUAGUUAUAGACGCCCGCCCCUGCCUCAGAGAAGAUCCACACUGGAUGAAGGGUAAACUUGUUACAGAUUCUCUCUUUAAAAGGCAUCUGUGCAGUAGUACAGUUUGAAUAAUAAAGUAUUUCACUUUAAGAGCUCAACGUCACUGUUUGCAGAAAAUUUCAUGCUGAAAAACAGAAGCAAUUAAUGGAUGAAUAUGACCAGAUUUCUCCACCGAGUUCUCAGCCUGCUAAGGUCUUGCCAGCAUCUGAUUGGUCAGUUACUUGCUGCCCUCUUCUGAGAGGUAUUAAGUUGUGAGUCGCCUGGGAAAUACUUGACCAUCUUGAUGCUGCUUUUUAAUAUAUAAUGUCGUGAUAGGCAACUUACACAUUUCAAAAAUCCCUUUUUAUCAGGCUAAUGAAGCAUUCAAAGAAGACAUAUGACUCUUUUCAAGAUGAACUUGAAGAUUAUAUUAAAGUACAGAAAGCCAGAGGCUUAGAACCGAAGACUUGUUUCAGAAAGAUGAGAGAGGACUAUUUGGAGACCUGUAGGUACAAAGAAGAGAUGGAAUCCAGACCCAGGUACAGGAUGUUUGAUCAAAGACUCGCACCUGAAGCCAUCCAGAUGUACCCAGCAUCAUGCAGUGUCUCACCAAGCAUGGAGAACCGCUUACCCCAGUGGUUACCAGCUCACAGCAGCAGGCUGAGACUAGACUCUCUGAGCUACCGUCCGUACACCAGGGACUAUUUCUCCCAAAAGCCAGUACCCCUACACCUUAGUCAGCAAGGAUACAAUUACGGCCCCUGCAGUGUAGAAUCUGUAGGCUACAGGCACCUCUCCUCAGAAGGCAGCCCCAGAGCCUAUCAAGCCAGUCACAAACAGAGCCAUCCGAUGAGGACAAGGUGUCCAGAGGAGGAAGGCGGAGAAAGACCAGAGGAGGGACGGCCCAAGCAAAAGAGGAAAAGAAAUUGGGAGGACAUGAAUGUAGACAAACAGAAGAGCCUUCCCCAAAAUAAAGCAGAUGUGGAAUCAGAAACUGCACAGGUCAGUACAGAAAAAUUAAAGAAUCGGAAGGAGAAAAAAACCCGAGAUGUAGCCUCUAAGAAAGAGGAACGUAAGCGUAGAAAAGAGAAAAAGGAACAAGGCAAAGAAAUGACCGAGGAGGAGAUGCUGUGGGACCAGUCCAUCCUUGGAUAUUAAAACCAAUCAUUUCUCCUGAGGUUAAACUGAAAACAUAGUUGAGGAGUUUGGUUUUAUGAUGUUCAUGUUCAAAUCACUCUUUUUAUGUGAACGGGCACUUUAACUUCUAACAAAGGCCAAGUGAACAGGAAGCAUGCUCUCCAGCACAAAAGAGACUUUUCCUCAUUUUCUAAAAGCACUGUUUCAUUUUUUUUUAACAUAUAAUGUAACCUCCCCUUAUGAGAGUGGCUCUGCUUUCAUUCAUCUAGAUGCUAUGAUGGUGGGAUUCUUUUCCCUUGGGAGAUCAUUAAUUUUUAAGUCAGAGGAUUAACAGGCUUUGCAGAAUCUAUGUCUUGAUUGGAUUAGUUUGGGUUUUGAGUUGGGUGUCUUUCUGUGCAUUGGUUUUUCUCUAUGAAGCAAUUUAGGUUAUUCUAACUUUGUUGGAUCUACCUUGCAACAUAUUUUCUAGGUUGGAAAGUGGAAAAUAAAUAAAAGAUGAUAAUAGUUUAGGUUACUUAUAGUAUUAAAAGUUUCAAAGAUUCUUUCUAUAAUAUCAGUUUAUAUUCUGGAAAGGUUUAUAAUAAAGACUUCUAAUUUCUGAA